AAAAUGUUUUGAUCUCCGUCAAUGGAUGACUAUGAAUAACAGAGCUACCUACUUUCAAUGCUUUGGAUGCAAUGAACGCGAUACGAGGGAAGAGACUAUAAUGAUGGAGGGGAGUAUAUAACAACAUUCUUCAAUACCUUCCCAGAGGGUUUCUGACUAUUCCACUGAGCGAAGUUUAAAGGUACACGGCGAGCUAUUGCAGAUCUUGAACAUAUUGGUAGAUCGAGCUUUGAUUAAUAACCAAUCGAUCAAUUGACGUAGAAGUGAAAAAAGAAAAUUUAUUUGCUGUAUUUUAAAAGAUCUUCAGGAAGUAACUUCAAAAAAUCCUAUCGAGAAAUAAAAAGGUAAUGACUAUAUUGAUAAUGACUAUAUCAAUUCUUAAUUAAUUCGUUUCAUACGUUACUUUAAAUCAAAUGAUUCGCUUAUAAUAUAGUGGAAAAUUAUUUUUAAAUAAUAGUGAAAAUUAUUUUCAGUUUUAUUGAGAAUAAAAGUGUGAAUAAUAACAUUAUCAUCGCAUUUUCUUUGCGUUAUGUGUAUUGAAUUGAUUUACAGUGAUUUAAAAGAAUCUUUACAAUAAAAAUCUUACGUGUUAAAGUUUAAAUAAAAAAUUUAAAACUUCAAAGUGCAAAUUUCUUUUUUAUUACUGUUUUUUUAAUAUCUCUUAUAUAUAUAAAACUUUCCAAUUGUCAAGCAAUUUUUUUCUAAGAAGUCAACCAUUGGUUUUAUCAAAUGGAAAUACUUUUAAACAUCGUUAAAAAGUGGUCUCGCCUUUGUUUAAAUUUAAGAUAACGGAUAUGGAAUCUUUUCUUUCACGCGCGCAAAAUACAUUCGAAAUUCGAAAAAAAAAUUGUUUGUAAAAUUUAAAGUUUAAAGAAUUUUAAUUUUAUGAAGAAACAAGAAAAUAAGAAAAAUAAAAAAAGACCAGAAAUACAUAAACUAUUUUAUGUGCUUUUUAUAUUCGUGUCUCGUGCAAAAUGAUCCUCAUUUAAAUAAUCUAUUCAAUAAAUAUUCAGACAGAAGUGUAUGAUGAUUAUAGAAUAUAUUGUAAUAAACUGUGCAUCCUUGCUUGGUCCCCAUAAAAGGAUUUGCGCGCGCGCACUCUUGGUGCAUUGACCGGACACCAAUAACACUAGUAACCGUAAAUCGGAGGCUUGUAGACUAGAGUAUACCAUUACUUGCGUUGGAAUACCGUAAUACACGUAAUUUCUGUCCAUCGCUGGAAUUUACCAGACUUCUACCGAUUUCUAUUUUUCACAGAAAUGAAGAAAUAACAAAGGAACCGGUUCUUUAUUGAAAGCAUGACGGUUAAAAGAGAAUACAUGCAACAUUUUAUAAGAAAAGAAGAAAUCAUAUGCAAUAACGUUUGAAUGUAUAGCAUAAAAUGUAGUUAAGUAAUAUUAAUAUGACGACUUAAAUUAAUAAAAGGAAAUGAAGAAAAAUUUUAUACUCGAUUAUUGUAUAAUCAUUUGGUGUGCAUUAUGUUUGUGCUCUGUGCUCUCUUAUUAAUUUCCAUAACAUGGUUUAAAUAUUUGGAAAGAUAAAAUUUUAAUUUAUUUAUUUUAAUAUGUUUAAAUUAUUAUCUUUCAUUCUUUAAUUCAAGAAUAUAUAAUGCAACUAGCAGAAUGGAUCAUCCUAAUAUACGAUUUUCUACUAUUUAUGGGAAUGGCACUAAUUUACAUAAGUGAGGCUAUUAUUUUGACGUUCAUUCCAAAACGUUAUCGAAUAAAAUCUAUAAAAGGAGAAAUUGCAUUGAUAACGGGAGGCGCUGGAGGAAUCGGACGAUUGAUCGCGAUUAAGUUAGCAAAACUUGGAGCACACGUUGUCAUUUGGGACAUUAAUAAAAUUGGAUUAGAAAGUACAGUUCAAGAGAUUAGACGUAAUGGAGGAAAAUGUUGGGGUUAUUAUUGUGACAUCACUAAUAAGGAAGAAAUUUACAGAAUGGCGAAAACAGUGCAAAUCGAAGUUGGCUCAGUAACGUUAUUGAUAAAUAACGCAGGUUACGUAUCCGGAAAAAUAUUUUGGGAAUUAUCCGAUAUUGAAAUCGAUCGUACUUAUAAAGUGAACAUCCUCUCUCAUUAUUGGAUUAACAAAGUAUUUCUGAAGGAUAUGAUGAAAAAUAAUCACGGUCAUAUUGUAACUAUGGCAAGCGUUGCAGGACUUUUAGGUACCUAUAAAUGUACUGAUUAUUCGGCAACUAAAUUUGCGGCCAUUGGCUAUCAUGAAAGCCUUUUUACUGAACUUAAAACUCAUGGUUACGAUGGAAUUCACGCCACUUUAAUUUGCCCUUACUUUAUCAAUACAGGCAUGUUUCAUGGAGUAGAACCAAGAUUGAUGUCAAUGUUACAACCUGAAUAUGUGGCACAAGAAGUUGUAUCUGGAAUAUUGUUGAAUCAAGUAAUUGUUGUAUUGCCUGGAUCAGUUAGAUUUCUUCUACCAUUGAAAUGCUUAUUACCAGCAAAAUUAUGCUGGGCAUUAAUGUACAACAUUAUACAAGGACCUCAAGGUAUGAUGAUGUUUAAAGGAAGAGAAGUGCAAGUAUUAAAAAAUAAUAAUAAUAUCACAAUAAAAGGAACUAUACAUUAAUGUUUAAAAGUUAUAUUCAAUGAUAGAAUAUGAUCUAAAUGAUUAAUAUAAAAAUACUAUUUUUUAAUUAUGAAAUUAUUACAUUUAAAUACAUAACAAAAAUUUCACUCAUUAAUUUUAAGAAUAUUUAUAUGUACCUGGAAAUUAUAUUAGAUAAUUUUAUUUUUUUAAUAUUAUGUAUAUUUAUAAUAUAUGCAAAAUGUUCAUAAUAAAUCAUAAAAAUAAUGUAAUCCUUGACCAAGUUCCCAAA